CGUUUUAUCAAAAAGGUAUUGUUUACAUAUGCAAAAGUAAUUUCGAAGUUCUCUUGCAAUGCCCUAAGCCUGUCCGAACAGUUGAUCCCAAGUUUGUCAAGUGAAGACUUUCCUGUAAUAUCUCAAGUGGGUCUUAAGAUGAUGCCACGGUUUUCAUAGCGCACGAAAAGAGAGCAAUCAAGACGUACUCACGGUACUGUGCAAACGACAUUGACAAAAGCAGACAUGGGAAACGGAAUGAACAAGAUCCUACCUGGCCUGUAUGUUGGCAACUUUCAUGAUUCAAAAGAUGUUGAACAGCUGAAUGCUAACAACAUUACACACAUCCUUGCCAUCCAUGAUACAGCUAAAGCACUGCUUAAGGACAGGGAAUAUCUGUGUAUCUUGGCCAGUGAUAAUUCAGAGCAGAAUCUCACUCAGUUCUUCCCUCAGUGCAUAGACUUCAUACACAGUGCCAGACUGAGUGGUGGUAGUGUGCUGGUUCACUGCUUGGCAGGUAUUUCUCGUGUGACAGUCACUUCAGCCUACAUCAUGACCGUGACAAAACUAGGCUGGAAGGAUGCCUUGAAUGCUGUGCGAGGAGCCCGUAAUGUAGCCAGACCCAACUUUGGUUUCCAGCAUCAACUGCAGAUGUUUGAAGUGGAUGGCUUACAAGAUGAACGUAAGCGAGUUAAAGAAAAGUUUCCUGUCAACACCCUGCAUGAUGAACAAAGCUGUAAGGAGCUUCUAGAAGGCUACAGGAAGUUUGUGUUGCACGGAGCUACUGUCGAUAAUGAGCUGUACAACUUGCCGCCAAAUGCCUACAAGGACAGACCACGCUCAAACCGAGACAAGAACCCAGAUGAUAGAACCGAUACCUCAGGAGCUUCAUCGUGAUGAUGCCGUGAAGAGCUUCCAGAUAGCCAGCAUUUCCGUUUUCCUAUUUAUCAAAGCUCCACUAUGAUGUUAAAUAGAUAAGACCACUAAAGUGUUCGAAAGUGAGGAAAAAGUCAGGUCCUUUUCAUAACCCAGGGUUCAAACUGAAGAUAAAGGGUGUCCUUAGGCUAAAUUGUAAAGUAGAAACUUGAAGGACCCUGGGUUCCAUUCAUUAUUUAUGUUGUAACCCUGUGAUGAGAUGGUGUAACUUUCAGGUAAGGGGAGACAACCAGGAUUAGCAUUAAAUAUUUGGUUAGGUUGUCUCCCUUUAGUUUCUGUCACUAUAGCCUAACGAACUAGAGAUGGGGUAACUACCAUAGUAAACAUAGUGAAUAAAUGUUGGCUGCAGAUACAAGGGCUGAGGUGAAUCUGAGUUACUCUCCUCAUAUCUGUGCUCGACCAACUGCUCAGAAAACCUGUUCAGAGGGUAGUUAUCUAGAUCACUUUACAAAUCCAGAUCAUCUUACCAAUCCAGGUCACCUAUACAAUCUAGAUCACCUUACACCUGACCAAUCGGGAUCACAGUACAGAUCCACAUCUCAUGGCCGAUCCUAUUCAGAUGGCCAAACCAGAGCUCCAAUCAGAACCAGAUCACCAACUAGAACUACAGCGACCCGGACUAGUUC